CAGGACUCCGAGGGAGCGGCGGCCAGCAGGAUGCUCUUCCCACCUUCUGCGCAGGAGUCUCCGCGUGGUCUCCCAGACGCCAACGACCUGUGCCUUGGACUGCAGUCCCUCAGCCUGCCAGGGUGGGACAAGCCGUGGAGCACCCAGGAUUCGGAUGCUGCAGCCCAGCCUGGCACACAGUCCGUUCUUAACAUGCUUAGCAAUCCCCUGGGGAAAAGCCCUUUGGGUUUCCUGCCGUUGGAUCCCAUCGGCUCUGAGCUGACAGAGAACCUUCCAGCCCCAACUUUGAGGAGCUCCCGCCUGGACAGUAAUCGUUCUCUACUGUAUUCACGCUCUAGCAGUCCUUCCGACUCAGAUACCAGUGGAUUCAGCUCUGGUUCUGACCAUCUUUCAGACCUGAUUUCAAGCCUUCGCAUCUCCCCACCGCUACCGUUCCUGCCUAUUGGUAGUAUUACCAGGGAUUCCUUAAAUGGAGCAGGAUCCCACCUGGAUCAAGAUCAAGCUACUUUGGCGGCAGUCACUUCCACCCCAACCAGCAUGCCUAAGCAGUGGCCCGGAGCAUCCGCAUGGCCUUCCUGGAAUCUCCCAGACUCCCCAGAGGAUCCAUUCAGUAUUGAAAGGGAAGCAAGACUUCACAAGCAAGCUGCAGCUGUGAAUGAGGCCACCUGUACGUGGAGCGGGCAGCUUCCACCAAGAAACUACAAGAAUCCAGUCUACUCCUGUAAGGUGUUUUUAGGAGGAGUUCCCUGGGAUAUCACGGAAGCGGGUCUGAUCAGCACUUUCCGUGUGUUUGGCUCGCUGAGGGUGGAGUGGCCUGGUAAGGAUAGCAAACAUCCCCGCUGCCCUCCCAAAGGUUACGCCUACCUUGUGUUUGAAUCGGAGAAAUCUGUGCGCGCUCUGCUCCAGAAUUGCUCCCGUGACGUGCUGAGCCCCAGCGGCCUGAGUGAGUACUAUUUCAAGAUGUCCAGCCGCAGGAUGCGCUGCAAGGAGGUGCAAGUGAUCCCAUGGGUCCUGGCAGACAGCAACUUCGUGCGCAGCCCGACUCAGAGACUUGAUCCCGGCAAAACCGUCUUCGUGGGAGCUCUUCAUGGGAUGUUGAAUGCCGAGGCCUUAGCAGGGAUUCUCAACGACCUGUUUGGUGGCGUGGUAUAUGCAGGUAUCGACACAGACAAGCACAAGUACCCUAUUGGAUCUGGCCGUGUCACCUUCAACAACCAUCGCAGCUAUCUGAAAGCGGUGAGCGCUGCAUUUGUGGAGAUCAAAACGACCAAGUUCACAAAAAAGGUCCAGAUUGAUCCGUACCUAGAAGAUGCCAUGUGUCAAGUCUGCAGGUCUCAGCCGGGCCCUUUCUUCUGCAGAGACCAGGUUUGCUUCAAGUACUUCUGUCGCUCCUGCUGGCAUUGGAAACAUUCCAUGGAUAUCUUGAAUCACCACCGCCCACUGAUGCGCAACCAGAAGAAUAGAGACACCAGCUAGAACAGUGGUGGGGGCACCAGAAGCUGCUGCAGUUUGCAGGGGAAGCUCUUCUGUUUACCUGCCACAGGAGGAGAGUCCAGGGCUGCUUGCCGGUGCCACACCCAGGCUGGGGGAUGCCCGUCUUGAAGGACUAACGGGGAAUCUUGCCUUCACGUUUGCACUUGCUGGUCUUUAUUUGUUUCUGCACUUAAUGCACAGUGAAUUUUUGUCGGGGAGUUUGUUUGGGGGUUUUUGAGAGGGGAGGGCCCCUCAAACGAUUCUGCAGUUCCCAGACUUUGGCCCCUUGUUGCUGACGAGAAGCAUAAAGGGGCCGUGUGUUGAGAAGGUAUUUAAUGCGGAUGCCUUCACUUCGGUUUCUUAUUUAUCAAGGGCCCUUUUUUACAUUCCUUGCAAUACUGAUGGUAAUAAUGCAGGUCUCAUUGGCUCCGUUUUUUUGCAGUCGCCAUACAGUGCCUUUCCAUUCAUUUAACCCCCCCCCCAUCUGAACGGAAUAAACUGAAUGUUCAGCUGGCGUUUUUUACUGUAACAACAAGGAGACUUUGUUCUUCACUUAAACCAAAUCAUAUUUCAUAUUUUACGCUCCAGGAUUUUUACCAGUUCCUUUUUACACUCUUGAAAUGGUUUUUAAGUCGUUUGAGACUAGAUUUUUUUCUUUCCUGGCAGCUUUUAACAUCAUUGCAAUUUGUGUCUGGGAGCUGUUAGUUUAAAAAAAAAGUUUCCCAGUUGUGAAUAGCAGUAUUUGCAACCCAGAAGGAUAGGAUUUUUGGAUUUUGAAACUGGACCGGAUAAAUGAUUUUUGAGCUGCUGUAUAUAGUUUGUUGCACUUUAAGUUGCACUUAAGGGGGCUUGAUAAAAGGUUUUUAAUCACAAAGUCACAAGACUUCAAUUUUCUUUUUAUAACUGAGCUGAUUAAAGGGCUACGCUUUGGAAGGGCAGGCAAAGGUUCCUAGGAGCCCUUUUCUGUUCAGAGGGGAAAGAAAUACCCUUACGGGAGUUCCUGAGGAGCAGCGUAGCCCCAGAUUGUGCCGGGAGUUGAAGUUUUGAUUUUGUUUUAUUUUUUCCCCUCUAUUGGAAGCUGUGUGCCAAAGAACCAGUGUCAUAAGUUCUCCCUUCUUUCUUGCUGAGCUGAUGUUGCAUAUUCCAGCUGCUCUUUGUGGGGUUUUGUGAAGCAGUAUGUGAAGUCUCUACCUCAUUGUAGCGUAUGCAGGCAAGACUGCACUCUCCUACAGAUGCGUGGAGUAAGCUGUGAUGUAGUUCUUGGCACAUAAUAAACACGUUGCAGCAGAUUGCUGUCGCUUCUUUGUCUUCCAAGGACCGCGUGUCUUGUGUGUUGGGGAGUUUCACCAGG